AUGAUCCACAGAAAAACGCUGCGAUUCCCCACACUGACUGCACCAUUGCCUCUGCACACGACUGGGCCCGGUCCUUCCUGCUGCCCCUCCCUAAGGCUCAGGUCCGCUGGUGGGAGAUCAGAUUCCGAUCUGCAUCCGCAGGCCGGCUCCCCUCUGCCUGCAUUGGUGCUGCAGGGCGCCCCUCCGGCGGAACGCAGCCCAACAAGAGGUGCAGGAGGGAUCAUCCCAAAAGAGAAGACUCUCCCCCGCUCACACCUGGGUGACCUGGUCCUCCUGACGCCACAUCCAGCUGAAGCUGAAAGACAAGGUAGCAGCAGCUCCAGGCCUUGGCCAAGGGCAGCCCCGGGCCUGGGUGGGGCCGGGCGGGGGCCGCAGGCGCCGAGCGGCCGUGCCAAGCCCCGCCAGCGAGAACCGAGGAAGCUGCGAUACUGCUGCAUUGUGCUGCAUCACGCCAGGCCCGGAGGGUCCCCGCGCAGAGACAAACCUGUUGAAGAGAGGGUGCGGGAGCUGAAGGGCCGGAGCAGCGGCGGCUCGGCGCCCCGGAGGCGGCUCACGCCCAGCCCUGGGAGAGUGGGGACAGCAGGGAGGGCGGGGGGGGGCGGGCGCAGGGGGGUAGCGAGCGCGGGGAGGGGGCGGGGGUGGGACGCGGGGCCGCCGCCUCCCGCUCAGCUGCAGCGCGGCGCAGCCGGGACCACGCCUGGCCGCAUCCUCGGCACCGCUAGGCGCAGAGUCCGGCCCUGUCACCGCCGCCCCCACUCCCCACCCGCGGGGCCACAGGGAGGGCACCUGAAAAUAGACCCUCCGGCUGCCCGCUCCGCACCCACCUUCGCCCUGGGCCCACGGCGCCAGGGUGUAGACAAGCGGCGGCGGAGGCACGGAGGAGGAAUCGCCGUGCCGGGGCUGGGGCCGGGUAGCUGCGGUGCGCAAGGCGGGUCUGCUGCCGCCUCACCGCAGAGCCUGCCGCCCCUCGCCCCGCAUCACCCGAGUACCAAUGAGCACCCGCGACCCGAGCUCCCCGCGCCGCCCCCACCCGGGCUCUGCAGACUCCCAGCCCCCACGCGACUCCCCGGGCGAUGGGCAGGCGGGCAUCGGCGUCCUCCGGCCCUGGGCCCGCGCCCCUCCUCCCGCCCGUCCGCCGCCGCGGAGCCCGCCCGGGAAGCAGCCCCAGUUCUGCGCAGCUUGGAGAAGGGCGACGGCGACCUCUUCGUGGGAAACCUUGGGCGCUGGAGGGUCGGGGGAUGGGGUCGUUCCUUGGCUCCGCUCGAACCUGAGGCCAGCUGCUCUUGCUCAGUCACUCCCAGGAGUGGGGUCGUCUGGCCGCGGUGGAAGAUCCCGUGAUGGCUUGGGGACUUGAGUUCUCCCCUCUGCGUAUUCCCCGAAACGGAAACUGGACGUUUCCUCGAAUUUUUGUCCUGUCCCAGUAGCCCUUCCCAGUCACCUGGCCCCUCAGGCUGUGUAGAAAUUCCACAACUGUCGCUAGUGUGAAUAAAAGAUGGUAGAAUCACCAGGACCACGAAAGGAAAUGCUCUUUAGAAAACGGUUUGAAGAAACUGACUUUCUCCUUGCUCUGUAAGGUGCCCAAGGCGGCACUGUGGGCUUUCAGAGGGAAGAGGGCCCUUCCAGGCUGAAAAAGCCCCAGGGCUUUUCCUCAUAAAGACCCUUGAUCACCUGGAUUAAAACAAAACCAAAAAACCAAGGCAAAUAGUUUGGAUCAUGUUUAUAUCUCAGAUCACUAGCACCUGGCCUGAUGGGUUUAUAUGUUUGUAUGUAUUUUUAAAUGAAUAUUUAAAAAUAAAACUAAGUGAAAUUGUCACAGCAAACUGAAGAUGAUUCUUCCUUUUAGGCCUUCAUCAGUUUGAAUGUUUGUACCCAUGUUUACUUCCGAUAGAUAUGAAAAAAAAAUUGAGGAAGGCAAAUAACAUUUUUUCUCAGAAGGUGAAUCAACAC